GCGAAAUAUAACGAAAGAUACCGGUCAAGUUUCCUGCCACACAAACCAAGCGGAACAGCGGCAGUGGUGGACACCUUGACGUGAGUGUUGUGCGCAUUUUCCCACCCAACACCCAGCCACACACCACUGUCACAUCGCACCGCGUCGCGUGUUGUCGUCGAGUCUCCUCCAACUUUCAAACCACCGCAGAGAUGAACAAGGGCUUCCUUGGUGCUGCCAUCAUGGCAGUGCUUGCUGGCGUGGUUCUCUCCCAGAACGGCUACUGCCUUCCUCCAUGCAACCCAUGCACCCCUCAGAUUGACAACCACACCGUGAUUGAGGCUGUGCCCGGCCUGCGCGCCACCGUCGAGAUUAUCGCCGACUACGGCAACUGCUCCGUCACGUACACCGGCUACGAGUGGCAGGUGUCCUGGGGCGAUGGCGUCCGCUCCAUGAAGAACAUCUCCCACAUCUCUCCCGAGCAGGCCCAGCACACUUACCAAGCCCCAGGCACGUACACGGUGACUGUUGGCUACUGCGCCGUGCCCCACUACUGCUGCGAGAGCUGCACCACCCUCAGCAAGACCAUCGACGUCAAGAACUGAGCCGCUUGCAUCCCCUCUCCCCCUCCCUCUUCGCCGCAGCCACGCCACGCCACGCCACGCCACGCCACGCAUGGCUUUGCGCCCCCGUUUCCGUCUCAUUUCUUCUUCCUCUCUUCCUCUGCUCCCAUUUUCUUUCAAACAAGCAAUGAGCUCGAGCUCUUGCGGUGUGUUGUUGCUGUUGUUGUGUGACAUGAUGCGACUGAUUGGUGCGGUGUGUGAGUUGUGCCACCAGUUGUGGUCGUGUUCAACGUAGCCCCUUUUCCUUCCACGCCUUCUCCUUGCAUUGCGUUUGCCCCCCCCCUUCCGUCUCUCCGUCUCUCCGUCUCUCUCUCUCCGUCUCUCUCUCUCUCUCUCGCUGUUAUCCGCCUUCCACUUUAGCCGAACCAACCAGUGCACAAGCCAAACCACCACACUUGUGGCAAACCAAAACCGCUGAGCCAAGCAAAGCACAGCACAGCAAAAAGCAAAGCAAA